ACAAGUUGUGGGUUUUACAUUAAAUCAAAUUGAUUAUUAGUUUAGAUUGGAAUUCUGUCUCCCAUGUCCACAUUGUUAGGCUAAAAUUAGUUAUAUUUUUUCCCUCCCUAAGCGUUUACUUUGAGAGUUUCUUCCCUCGAUUCCAAAUCCUUCUCGGAUUCUUGCACAUCUCGCUUAGAUUUUAAAGGAUCUUUGAUUCCAGAGACAUUCUCAUUUAAUUCUUGCUUACUUUAAUAAGUUUUUCAGCAAAUGGAAGCACAAAAUGCCCAAAGGAGGAGUUAUCAGGUGGUUAUAGCAGCAACUAGAAACAUGGGUAUUGGUAUUGAUAUGAAACUUCCUUGGGAUUUACCCAAUGAAUAUCAGUUUUUCCAAGAUGUAACAAGCAGGACAUCUGAUCCUCGUAAGAGGAAUGCAACUAUCAUGGGAAGAAAGUCAUGGGAAGCUACUCCUCUCGAGUUUCGUCCCCUUCCUGGUCGCCUCAACGUUGUCCUCACAAGAUCUAACUGUCACAGUAUCCCCACUGAUGAUGAUAACGUAAUGGUGUGUGGUAGCAUGGAAUCGGCUCUUGAACUAUUAGCCAAACCGCCUUAUUCAUUUUCCAUCGAGAAGGUCUUUUUCAUAGGAGGCGGCGAGUUGUUAAGGCAAUAUAUGAAUGCACCAAGCUGUGAUGCUAUCCACCUAACAGAAGUUGAUAUAAGCGUGCCAUGCGACACAUUUGCACCGAGGGUGGAUACUUGUCUAUACCGUCCAUGGUACUCAUCACUUCCAGUCGUUGAAAAUGGAAUUCGAUACAGCUUUAACACUUAUGUUCGAAGAAAGGAUCUCAUUUCUGGAUCUGGUGUGGAGGCAGAGCAAUACUCGUUCUUGCCUAAGAUGGUUUUCGAGAGGCAUGAGGAGUUAGGUUACUUGAAUCUUGUUCAACAAAUUAUAUCUCAUGGGGACUUGAAUGACAAUAAUACUCUUCUGUCGAAAUUUGGCUGUCAGUUGCGGUUCAAUCUGCGCAAGACUUUCCCGCUUCUCACAACCAAGAAAGUAUUCUGGGUAGGAGUUGUAGAGGAAAUCCUACAGCUCAUCAGUGGUUCAACCUAUCCCAGGGAAAAGGGCAUUAAGCAUAUAUGGGAGAGUGAUGAGGCCAAAGAAUAUCUUGACAGUUUCGGAGUGGAUGCCACAGAGGAAGAUGGAGACCAUCCACUCUUGACUGGACUCUACUGGAGACACUCUGAUGCUAGCCAAGAACUCAGUCAGAUCUCUGAUGUUAUAAACAAGAUUAAGAACAAUUCUCAUGAUCGAGGGAUCACACUUUCAGCUUGUAAGUUGUCCCUAUCUUCUUGCCAAACGUUCGCACAGUUCUAUGUGGCGAAUGGUGAACUUUCCUGUCAAAUCUACCAGAGCUCAACUGAAGCAAGUCUCGGGAUUCCUUUCAGUAUCGCAGCAUACUCUCUCUUGACAUGCAUCAUCGCUCAUGUUUGCGAUGUUGUUGCUGGUGAUUUCAUCCAUUUGAUUGGAGAUGCUCAUGUUAAUACAUCUCACACCAAGGCUAUACAAAAACAGCUUCAAAUCUCCCCAAAACCCUUCCCGAUUUUGAAAAUUAAUCCGGAGAAAACAAAGAUCGAUCACGUGGAAGCUUCUGAUUUGGAUCUCCUGGACGUAUGACCUAUUUCAUAAAGAGAUAUGAACAAUAACUACUUUAAUACUCUCCUUGUUUAUUUCUUCAUGUUUUUUUCGAGAUAUGUCUACUCUAUCUUCAUAUGGCUGAACAAAGAUUAUACAGUUAAACAAAAAGAAAAUGAAAAGCCAUAUGAAGAUAGACAAUAACUCUUCUUAAAAAAAAAUUUAUACAUAUAGACAACACAAAACUCUUCAUCCUUUUCGUUCCUCCUCUGUCUCGCAAUGAAAGACUCGGUAUGAAGAGUUUUGUGUUGUCUAUAUGUAUAAAUUUUUUUUUUGGCAGUUUUUUGUGCUCUUAAUUGUCCUAUGUGGCAGUUUAAUAGAGCAGCAUAUUUUUGUUUAAAACUAAAUAUUCUAGGAAAAUAUAAUAUUUUUGUUACACUCUCAUAUCUCACAUUUAUGUUACAGAGACAAUAAAGUCGAACUUACUCAAUCUCUACUGU